AUUUUUUUUUUCUCUUUUACUUUUCCUUUCUUCUCUUUCUCUCUACUUUUUCUUUUUUUUUUUUUUCCCUCCGUUCUCACCAUGUUACGAUCCACUAGUUUAGCAAGACUCUCACUCAAACGCGUCACUGGUCUCCGUUAUAAUAGCAAUGUUACUGUAGAAUCUAUCCCAAAGCGUUGGACUUUAUUAUCGACAGCAGAACAAAAUACUAUUGCUAAACAACUAGAAGAAUUACAAAAGAAGGAAUGGACUGCACUCUCUAAAGAAGAAAAAGCUGCUUGUUACUAUGUCUCUUUUGGUCCUCAUGGUCCUCGUACACCUAUUCAAGGAGAAGGACAUACUUUCAAAGUUAUUUUAGGUGUUGGUGUAGUACUUACUGUCUCCACUAUAUUCUUCCUUAUUGCUCGUGCCAAAGGUCAAGAAGUACCUCCAUCUAUGAACAAAGAAUGGCAAGAAGCUACCAAUGAAUAUCUCAAGAGUCAAAAUUCCAAUCCUAUUUCUGGCAUCUCAUCAGAAUCCUACAAAGGCAAAGGAUAUGUUAGCAAGGUUUGAUUUAUUUAUUUUUUUAGUUUAGUUUUUAGUUACAUUUACGCGUUGUUUUAACAAAUAAAGUGUAUACACUUGGAUCAAUA